GAACAGGUGAACAAUUUCAUGGAGAAUGGCUUUGUAGUCAUCAAGCAAGGCUUCACGAAGGAGAAGGCAGCUGAAUGGACCGAGACAAUCUGGGUGCGGCUCGGCCUCGAUCCCACUAACAAGGAUACCUGGGACCGAGAGCGGAUCCACAUGCCUUGGCACAAACGCGAGGACAUCGCGACUUUCGCGCCCAAGGCCUGGGGUGCUAUGCUUGACCUCCUUGGCGGAGAAGAGAGGAUUUCGACCAAUAGUGGCUGGUGGGGCGACUCGUUCAUCGUGAACCUAGGCUCAGACGAGCUUGAGAAGCAGGCGGUCUCUCGCCAUCCAAAGGACCUUGACAAUUGGCAUGUUGACGGUGACUUCUUCGUACAUUUCCUUGAUUCGCCAGAGCAGGGUCUGCUCGUCAUUCCCCUCUUCACGGACAUCAAGCCUCGAGGUGGCGGAACCUACAUCGCCCCCGACGGUAUCGACAUCAUCGCCAAGUACCUUAACGAGCACCCAGAAGGCGUGUACCCAAGGAAGAUGUGUUUCGUCCCGACAACAUCGACAGCCGAGAAACACGAGGACGACCCGCAUUUCUGGUCGCACCUGCAGGAGAUCAAGCGGUGCAACAAGUUCGUCGAGGUCACCGGCGAAAUCGGCGACGUCGUCCUCCUGCACCCGCUGAUGCUGCACUCAGCAUCGAAGAACCACUUGCGCAUUCCGCGCGUGAUCACGAACCCGCCCGUGGCGCUCAAGGAGCCGUUCAACUUUAACCGCGAGAAUCCGGACGAUUUUAGCUUAGUAGAGAAGAAGACGCUGAAAGCAUUGGGCGUCGACAGGCUCGACUUCAAGAUCCAGACCGAACGGCGCCAAGUUGUGCCGGAGAGAGUACGGAUUCAGCAGAAGAUGAUGGAGGAUGAGAAAAAGAGGCUUGCUGAGCGAGAGCGUUUGCAGUCGGAGUCGCCUGGGCUAGCGCCUGGCGCACCGAUGGUUGCUGUCGCUUGA